AUGACCAACCAGGUGCUCCUUGAUCCGUCGAAUUCAAUUUAUUCCAGCGAUGAAGAUUAUCGUCCCGAUGAGUCACUGUUCGCCAUUUACCACUCUACACAAUCCACGGCCGCUCCACGAAAUUUUAUAGGCGCCCUGCCCAUCGAGCUUUUACUGGCAAUAUUCAUGCAUCUUUAUCGGUCGUCUCGUCGUCUCACUCAAACUGGUGAGACAUGGAGACUGAACGAUCCUCUGUCAUCAUUGUUCCCCUACGCUCCGGCUGCAGUGUGUUCGAUGUGGUGUUCGGUGUUAUCGCGUGUUCCAGAGUUUUGGACUCGUGUGGUCAUCAGAGUUGACUCUCAAUAUACACAAAGUCAAGAUAUUCGACGUUAUUUCGAGUGGUCAAGAAAUCUUCAUCUAGAUGUUAUCAUCACCAGAAAUCGCGAUGAAUUUGAAGGAGUUGAUAUGAAGGAGAAGUCAAAAGUCUUCAAGGCGACUCGUGAACUCGUUAGGCAUAUUGAGCGAUGUAGAAGCAUCCGCUUCAACGUGAUGUACAGCUCAUCAUUGCCGUCCAUACUCCACGACUUUCAUCGGGAAACGGCUCCUCACCUGCACACAUUGAAACUCAAAUGUAAAGUUGACGAUGGUGGAUCCCCGCCUCGGAAGCUUGUGCACUGGAGUUUUGAUGCACCCGGCCUUCGCCACCUAUAUCUAGAUGCCCGAAAUUUUUUCGACGUCUGUGUAGACCGUAACAACUGGCUCAGGCGCCUACACAAGUUAAACUCACUUUCAGUUUCCCGCCAUCGCCAGUUUUCAGCCAAGGGCAUUGAUUUAUACAAGCUGUUGAAGGCCGUAGAGGAAUCCCCUUCCCUCGCACACUUGGAGCUCAAGGACUUGCACUUCUCUCGCCUGCGUCCUUGGACCACAGUGAAUGAUAUUAGUAUAGACAUACUAUCUAUGAAUUUGGAGGACCUAUCAGGCGAGGUGCUCUCAGAAAUUAUCGGUUAUGUUGACAGUGCCCCAGAUACAACUCGCAUUUCUCGUUGCUCUAUUACUACUUGCCACCACUCCCUAAUCUCUAGUGGCGUCGCCUUCCGUGGUCUCUCGGCCAACCAGGAUUUGAUGGCUCCUCUGGCCCAUUGGCGCGGGCACACGCUCUCGCUCAUUGAUUGUGCAUGCUUCCAUGAUGAUUUCCUGCGGGACAUGAUGGACGGAGGACCACACGACCAAUCCUUCGCAUGCAAGGGGGUGAAAGAGUUAUACCUUGUCAAUUGCACGAAAUUUUCUCCAAGAUUGCUCAAGACUAUGGUGCGAAAGCGGAGGAAGCUAGCACGCAGAUCCAUUUUCUGGAUAAACGAUCAAGAAACUCUUGAUUGGACAUUUCCAAUUGUGGCGCCCAUCACAUUGAUAUCAGUUGAAGGUGGACCAACCUUAUUCAAAAAGGAUAGGGAGUGGUUCGAGACGAACCUUGGGUCAUUUCACUGGGAUGAGCAAGUGCUGGACCGUUCAUUCGAGGAUUCUGGCGAUAGCGACCAUGACCGUAUUGAAUUAAUCCAUUAA